AUGACUCAAUCCAACACCUCAUUCAACACAUCCUCAAACCAAAGCACCGAACCCGACGCAUUUCCCGCAAGACUACUAGCCAUCUCCACGCUCCAAAUCAUAGCCAACUCCACCCAAUUCACCUCAAUCAAAUCUGUCUCACUUCAAACCUUUACACAAAUCACUUCACGCUACUUACAACUCUUGGCCGAAUCGGCUAGAUCUCAUGCAGAUCAUUCAGGUCGAAAUCAAAUUAAUGCUUGGGAUUUGGUGGGGGUUUUGGAAGAGAUUGGGGGGAAGGGAGCUUUGGCUUCUUUACAUAAUUGGUGUCUUGAUCAGUAUUCUGAUCAAUCUUUUCGUGAUACCGAGAGAAAUCGUCAGGAUUUAAAUUUGGGUUCGGAUGUUAAUUUGUUACAUGAUGAACCAUUGAAACUUGCUACGAUAUCAAAAAAAUUAAAUAUUAAUCAUAGUGACUCAAUUGAUUUAAAUCCGAUUACUUCUUUAUCUUUCUUACCGCUAACUGAUUCAGAAGUAGCUGAAUUAGAUAAAGCAGGUGAAACUGAUUUAGAAGAGAAUUUAGAUACACCUAGUCCUGCUGCUUCUAGUUCUUCGGGUGGUUCAUCAGAAGAAGAUUCAGAUUUAGAAUUACCAUCUCUUAAACCGAUUGAAGAACCUACUAUAACCAUCGAACCUCAACCAUCCACCUCGACCAACACCAGUUCCACCACUGUGACGGAAAACUUGAUCGAACGUUGGAGAUCAGUUGAUGAUAUCCCUUCUUUUGUUCCAGCUUAUUUUCCUCCUUUACCUGGUUUAGAAAAAAUCAUCAAUCAAGUUUCAAUAGAAGUAGAAGAACCUAAUCUGAUUGAUGAACCUAUUGUGGUGGAAGUGGAAGUGGAAGAAGCUGAAAUAGGAUUCGAAUCGACUUUAACACCUAAACAAGAUCCUUACACCACUUCAAUCCCAUAUACGAAAUCACAAUUAUUCGAACAAUAUGGAACUCAAGCUUUUCCAAGACUACCAUCUUCUUCAACAAUUUCUUUAACAUUACCAUCACCACCUCAAAAGAAGAAAAUCAAACUUGAUAGUACUUUGGAAUGUUUUCAAGAAACUUAUUCGUUUUGUUUAGAAGAAAAUCGGAGUGAGAAUCCUACCUUAAAAGCUAAUCCAAAUCGACUUAAGUAUUUAAAUUCGAUUCAAACCAAUGAAAUCAAUACUAGUUUGUUUACCAAUAUCCCGAUUAAAUCGAUUCGAAGUAAUCGAUGGUCAGCCGGAUGGAUCCCACAUCCUCCUGUUCCUUUACCAGAUCAUCCUCAAGGCUUUCCAGAACUCAGACCGUUUGGUCAUACACCUUUACCAACACCUUUGACUAUGUCGGUGCCGAUUGAGUUUCCAUCACCUAACUUAUUGAUUCAUCCUUCUCAGAGUAGGAUCCCUUCGUUGAUUCCUACGAUCUUUAAGAGUUUGGAUUCUGAAAUGAUUAAGGAUCAAGAAGGUGGAACUUAUCAGAAUGAGACCUUUACGAUCUUGAAUAGGUUAACGAGAUUAGGUCCGCCUUGUGAAUUAGGUCAGUCUGGUGAACCUACUACUUAUAGAAUCAAAGCGGAUGAUCCUACAACUACAACGACAACGACUACAACGAAUGAAGGACCAAAGUAUAUGGAAUGGGGAUUUCAUUGGCCUUCUAAUCAUGGACAUGAAGCUUUUAAAUCUAAAGAAACUAAUCCACAAGCAGUACCAGAAGAAGAAGAAGAAAAGUUUGUCAAUGCUUCCUUUCCGGUCAUGCCUAAGACUUCAGUGGAAAAAGCUAGGAUUUUAGAAUUACAAGAAAGAGAAAGGGAAAUCAAUCAAAUGAAAGUGGAUCAAGUACAAGUACAAGUUGAAGGUAAUCAUCAUCAUCGUUCUGGAAAUGUUGGUGGUGGUGUGAAUUUUGUGGGAGAGAUCUUUGGGACGAAAUAUGAUUUUGAAGAUCAAGAGAUUGAAUUGAAUUGUAAAAAGAAAUAUUUUAAUUGUUUACGUAGAUGGUGUUGUAAUGGUAUUUUUUAUCAUUGUCAGAUCGUUGGAGUCACUGAGCCACCGAGCCACUGA